AUGUGCAUGCCUCCCACAGACGCUCAAGUGGAUCUCUCCAACCACCAUCUCACCCAGGUGCCCUCCAACCUGCCCAUCGGCACCCAGUACCUCGACCUCUCUCACAACAACAUCUCAGAGUUACGCAGCGGAGACCUGGCCUCCCUUCCUGACCUGUGUGUCCUCAAGGCCACGCACAACGGCCUCCGUUUCAUCUCACCUUUGGCCUUCACAGGUAGCUCCAAGGUGCAAGUCCUUAACAUCUCCUUCAACGCCCUGACAACUAUCCCUGACCUGGCUUUGCCCGACCUCAGGGUUCUCGACGUGUCCGAGAACCUCUACAGGACUUACAGGCUGGGUAAAUCUUUUGAGAACCUAUGUGCCCUCAGGCUCUUGGGCCUUGGGAGUCCACAGGCGAGCACUGUGAAUGCAUCAGAUUUUGCCCCUCUCCGCACAACGCCCCUAAAGACUCUGUGGCUGGGUGCUGGAGUUGAGAUGGAAGGAUAUGAGAUGGGUUCUCUUUCUCAGCUUUCCAUGCUGCGAGAGCUGACGCUCAAAAUGACCUUCUGUCAAAACCCAGAGACUUUUCAUACCAUCCUCAUGGACCUCAACAUCACCAAAACCAGGAGUCUGAAGCUGAUUAAAUUUCUUCCCGAUCUCUGCAACGUCUCCAGCGACCUUUCUGAGGGGCUGAAAGACAUGAGAUAUCUAACCAACCUGACAUUCCAGGAUACCUGGUUCAACAGUUCUGUUUUGACUAAUGUGGUCUGCAACAUCAUCCAGUCUCCCAUUCAGGCCCUGGCUUUCCUCAACAUAACCUUUGCCCAAGACACGGCCGCAGGGGUUCAGAUAAACAGCAUUCCAGGAUUCAGCAGAACAGCAAGCAUCACUGCCAUAACCUUCAAUACCAUUCACCACUACCAGUAUAAUUUCCCUCUGAUCAGCAUUAACACAACCUUCUUCUCUCAUGUGACCUACCUGAAAUUCUCUGGCACUGGCAUGAGCAUUGUUCCCUGUGACAUCAUCUCGGUCCCGCCCUCCCUUCAAAUCCUGGACCUGUCGGACAACCUCCUGCGGGAUCUGGGGCUGUGGUGGCCCGCCUGCUCCUUCACCCACAAGUUCCCGGGUUUGCAGCACCUCUACCUGAGAAACAACAAGUUCGAAGAUCUCUAUUUCAUUGCCAACCACACCCACCAAAUGAAGACCCUGAGCAUGUUAGAUCUAAGUGCCAAUGCCAUCGUGCUGAAGGGACAGAGCUCCUGGCCCUCACACCUCACCAGUCUCUCUCUUAGUGAAAAUUCCCUGGGGGACACUGUCUUUGACCACCUCUCGCCACACUUCCGAAGCCUCAACCUCUCACAGACGGGGAUCACGGCAUUAACGCAGAGGGCUCUCUCCCGGCUAACUGGCCUGAGGCGCCUCUUCCUGAGCUCCAAUGGGAUCAAGAGGAUCCCCCCCAAUCUCUUCAUGCCAAGGCUGGAGGAGCUGCAUGUGGACGGGAACAGCAUCAACACUUUAGAUCCCCGCUCUUUCAAGGGACUGUUGGGACUGAGGAAACUGAAAGCGGGCAACAACCCGUUUGCCUGCAACUGUGAUUUGUACUGGUUUGUCACCAGCUUUGACAAAACUCUGCUCCCUGAUUGGCCGUCCGACUACACCUGCUUUUCCCCACCUGAACUGGCUGGAACGCCUCUAGAAAAGUACCGGCCAGGCAGGGUGCAGUGCAGCCCGGGGAUUCAGGCAGCUAUAUCCUCAAUGAUCUUGCUAACUGUUGCUGGGGUGUUAGGGUUUACGUUCUAUGCCUGUGAUGGGGCCUGGUACCUCCAGAUGCUGUGGGUGUGGCUGAGGGUGAAACGGAGGGGCCACCAGGGAGCCGAAAGGCUGGGUCACGCCAGCUUCAAGUACCAUGCUUUCAUCUCCUACAGUCAGAGGGACUGCCAUUGGGUGGAGGCCCAGCUGGUGCCCCAGCUGGAGGGGGCCAACUUCAGUCUGUGCAUCCACGAGCGGGACUUUGUCCCUGGGGACUGGAUCAUUGACAACAUCAUCAACUGCGUGGAGGGGAGCUACAAGACGCUGUUUGUGCUGUCCCAGAACUUUGUUCAGAGUGAGUGGUGCAACUACGAGCUCUUUUUUGCCCAGCACCGCGCCCUCAGCGUCCGGCAAGACUCCCUGGUCUUCGUUCUCCUUGAACCCAUCCCCGCUGACUCGCUCCCAAGGAAGUUCCUGAAGCUAAGGACCCUGCUCAGGCAGCAGACCUACCUGCAGUGGCCCAAGGAAGAACGCAAGAAGCAGGUCUUCUGGGCCAGCCUGAAGGCCAUGCUGCAGACAGCAGACGAAUCUGUGGUCCUGAGGCGUGUGGCCCUGGACGUGGCUGACCUGUGUCCCCUAAUCAGUGACACUGAUCAGUAG